CUUUCAGCUCUUUGAAAAAAAUGGUUUUCGCCACGAGUAAGGCUGGAAGCGCCAGAGGGAUGUUUGUGGUCUUGUUUAGUUUGUUUCCUGGUGUUUGUCCAGGGCCACGCUGCACAGUCGCUUUCCCCAGUUUGGAUUUGCUUUCUGACUUCUGAUGCUUGAUAAGGAGGGAAAACGUUUGGGACCUGGCAGGGCUCCACCCGUUUUAGCUGUCCACUGUCCUCAAAUCCUACUCGACUGUUAAUUUCAAAAAGUGAGAGCUAAAAGGAGAGAUUGUCUGCUUUGUUACCUAUUUACAGAAUAGCUUAUGUUGGUAAUUGUCAAUUGGAGUAAUAAUGUGAAUGGGUAGUACCAAGUCUUCUACAUGCAACUGAAUCCCUGUUAUAGCAGGAGUUUCCUAAACUAGCACAAAUAUUUCCAGUAAUUCUACUUCGUAAACAUGAUUACUUGAUAACAUAUAUUGGCUCCAGUAAUUGCCCCCACUUCACAAUAACCUGAUAGAAUAACAAAUGCUAAUUCUGCUAGUAGAGUUUGUGCUUCUCUCACAAUGCACUUGCCUAAUCCCUUGUGUUUUAGGCAAGAAUAGAUAUUAACAGAAUAGCUACACUUGGAGGCUUGCAGCAAGAGGAAAAGCUACAAAAAUAGUGGAGUAGCAAUGGGAUGUCAUGCAAGAGGAAAAAAUACCGUAUUAACAAGUGCCUUCUCUUACAUUAGUAGAUGUCUGUGUCUGGCCUUAUCUCAUGGUUAGAAUCUGUCUUGGAUAACAGGUAAGUCUUAGGGCUUUGUAAACUGAAAAAAGUAAAACUGACACCGAAAUCAGUAGGCUUUAAUCUGCGCAACUCAAGCACUGGCUCUGUAUGCUCUUGGAGACAAAUGCUAAUGUUGUAGUGUUGCUACCCUGUAACACUAAGGGGCUGCUUGAGUACCCUCCUUUGUCAGUCUUCAGAGAAAGCUCCAGGAAGCUUAAUAAGGACAGUAUACAUCUUCAAUACUCUCAAGAAGAAAACAGAUUCCAGAACGGUUCUUGCAUGUUUUGCAAUUAUUUAUUUAUUUACCAUGUUUCAGGCAGCAGCUGUACGUGAUCUAGCCAGGCAUCUUUUCUGUGGAGAAUCUGAGAGCUGACAUUUAGAGUGAUAUUCUCCCUGUUUAUUUUAUGUAAUAAUUCCUGCUCUGCUCUUAAGACAUUUUAGCCAUGACUAAGAGAGAUGCAGAGGAGCUGAUAGAAAUAGAAAUUGAUGGAACUGAGAAACAAGAAUGCACUGAAGAAAGCAUUGUUGAGCAAACCUAUACCACAGCAGAAUUUGUGAGUCAAGCUAUUGACAUCAAUGAACCAAUUGGAAACCUUAAGAAGUUGCUGGAACCCAGACUGCAAUGUUCCUUGGAUGCACAUGAAAUUUGCCUGCAAGAUAUCCAGCUGGAUCCAGAUCGAAGCCUUUUUGAUCAAGGCGUAAAAACAGAUGGAACAGUACAACUCAGCGUGCAAGUAAUAUCUAGGCAAGGGAUAGAGCCCAAGUUAAACAUCCUUGAGAUUGUGAAGCCUGUGGAGACUGUGGAAGUAGUGAUUGAUCCAGACGCUCAUCAUGCUGAGGCUGAAGCUCACCUUGUUGAAGAAGCUCAAGUGAUAACCUUGGAUGGAACAAAACACAUAACAACGAUUUCAGAUGAGACCUCUGAACAAGUGACACGAUGGGCUGCAGCACUGGAAGGCUAUCGAAAGGAGCAGGAGCGCCUUGGAAUACCCUACGAUCCCAUACAGUGGUCAACAGACCAGGUGCUCCACUGGGUGGUGUGGGUGAUGAAGGAGUUCAGCAUGACUGACAUAGACCUCAACGCGCUCAGCAUUCCCGGGCGGGAGCUCUGUAGCCUCAACCAAGAAGACUUCUUCCAGCGAGUCCCGCGGGGAGAAAUUCUUUGGAGCCAUUUGGAGCUUCUUCGAAAGUAUGUGCUGGCUAGCCAAGAACACUCUGGAGAAAUAGCAACUGUUACUAUUGAUCAGCCUGUGCAAAUUAUCCCAGCAUCUGUACAGCCUGCUACGCCAACCACCAUUAAAGUAAUAAACAGCAGCGCAAAGGCAGCUAAAGUACAGAGAGCUCCAAGGAUCUCUGGGGAAGAUAGAAGUUCCCCUGGGAAUAGAACAGGAAACAAUGGGCAGAUCCAGUUAUGGCAGUUUUUAUUAGAACUUCUUACUGACAAGGACGCUCGGGACUGUAUUUCUUGGGUUGGUGAUGAUGGAGAGUUUAAAUUGAAUCAGCCUGAAUUGGUUGCACAAAAAUGGGGACAACGCAAAAACAAACCCACCAUGAACUAUGAGAAGCUUAGUCGGGCUCUGCGAUAUUACUAUGAUGGAGACAUGAUCUGCAAAGUGCAAGGCAAGAGGUUUGUGUACAAAUUUGUCUGUGACCUGAAAACUCUCAUCGGAUACAGUGCAGCAGAGUUGAAUCGGUUGGUCACAGAAUGCGAGCAAAAAAAACUGGCCAAGAUGCAGCUCCAUGGCCUUGCACAGCCAGUCACAGCAGUAGCAUUAGCUACAGCAUCCCUGCAAACAGAGAAAGAUAAUUAAGCACUAGGACCUGGAAGUGGGAGCCUGAGGCCUUUUCUGUAUAACCAGAGCAGUUGCUGCUCUUACCUUUGUCACAAUUGGAAGCUUCUUUUCUUUCUUAACAGUACAAUACAAUGCAUGAUUUUCUACAAAGAACUGGGACUCCCAUAAAUUUGGAUCUUUUAACAGCAUAUAUUUCAGUGUAAGUUAAGGGAUUACCACAACUUCUGCAACUUUGAGACUGGGCCUCUAUGGUACGCAGUCUGGAAUUGGUGAGAAAGGUUGAACUGGUCAGUGUUCUGUGUCCACAGCUCUGCAAAAUAAUUUUUGCAGUGCUCUUAAGAAAAAUGAAGUACUUGCAGUAAGCAGGCUGAUCAGUUGUCUAAAUUUGGUUCUUUCCACUCCUUUGUUCUCUGCUGAACUACCAAAUGGAAUUUGAUGCUUUCAAAGAUAAACAUGCGCAUUAUUCUCAUCUAAUCAAGCAGAGCUGAAAGACAGACACGUUGUAAAGCAUCAGAUUCUCAACAUAACUUCUGUGUGUAUAAGCAAAGGAAACUAAGACUAGACCAAACUGAAGAUCAGUGCUGAAGAAGGAGAUCCAGGUUUAAAUCUGGCUUAGGUGAAAAGCCAAUUAUGAGUAUUUCAUUGUAAUAUGUAGAUAAUAUGCAUAUAUGAGGGCAAGUACUUAACCUGUUUUGAAAGACUUGUUAAUGCUAGCUAUUUAGCAAAAAAAGACAAAAUUCCCCCUCCCCCGAGUCAGGGUGAUUUGAAAACUUGAAAAAAUAUCCCUCACCCAAAGAGUAGGUUAUUUUGGUGGGGUUUUUUAAUGCUCUACUUGUCAAGGUGCUUAUACCUGUGGUAGUCAAUCCUAGUAACUGAAGACUUAAAGUUAAUCACAGUCAGUAGUCUCUUCCUGUUUAGAAACAAAAUGUGAGUUGAAAAUAGUUUUACAGAGAACUGAAAUUUGACUUACAAAUUAUUGUAUAGUCUGACAUAUUAAAAUGUGAAGAUACGUAAUUUUUAUUUAAAAUUACUUUCUGAACUUAAAAUGAUGUUUUUGAAGCCUUAUAAACCAAAUGCAUGCUCCAGAGCCAGGUGCAACUUAAAGUCUGGAUGAUUAAUAGAAAUAGUUGGACUGUAUUCUGAACUGUGAGGCAUUGGUAUAGAGUACUUCGUGCAAACUUAGACAUGCAGUAAAAAACAGGCUGCAAUUUUUAAGCUUCUGUACUCAUGCCCAUUAGACUAUUUCUUCUGAUACCUGAAAACAGCAUGUUUUUGCUCUUGUCCUCCAUGUUAUUAAACAAUAUAAAUAUUACGUCACUGUGCAUAUUUUCUAACUUUUAUAAAUAACGUUUAAAAAAAGCCCUCUGGUAACACUUGGCAAUUAAUUAAAAUGCAAGUGGAUAAGGGAAAACCUUUUGUUCUGUGAGGGAUCGAGCUACUUUUAAACCUAAGUUCGAAAGUGUUUGUACAGUGAGAUUCUAAGCAUAAAAUGUGAUUAUACUGAGUAGUGGGAGUACCGGACUGUGGCUCUUGAUCUGAAAAAGAGUGGUCAUCCUUGCAGUCAGAGGGCAGAGAACACACAAGACUUAUUUUUAUUUUAAAGAUACAUUGAGGACAAACCUGUUCGUUUUGAGGUGGAUGUUCAUCUGCAGAUAGUUUUGGAUUCACUAGAGGUCUUGCAUGUACUUCUCUAGCCUACUUUUUCGUCACCACCACAAUUACACUUUUUCUUGUUAGAUUCUUUCACUAGCUCUUAAUAUUGUCUUCGUUCUUGAGCUUUUAAAGCACUCCAUCUACUGGGCGUGCUGCUGCCUCUUUUUUUUUUUUUUUUCCCCCUGUUCAUUUAAAAAAAAUCUACAUCUUGAGCAAAAGAUGUCAAUGCAUCUAUCAGCAGAGGUCAAGCAUCCAUCCCCUGUUGCUGUUACAGUAGUCUGAUUCCACCAGUUGGCAAGUGUUUGAGGUGACUUAUGCAAAUAGAUGUAGAUUAGCUUACUAAGAAUAAAAUGAAGCUGCUCGUUCAGUGACAACACCUAUUUAUAUAACACCGCCCCGUUACAGAACGGAAGUCCAGUAGAAAUUACUAGGUAUAUUUAGAGUUCAUGAAAACCUUUUAGUUGAAAUACAGUACAGAAAGAAGAGAUUUUAAAAUACUAGCUUUCUAAAUCAAAAUGGACUCUAGUAGGAUAAACUAACAGCAAAACUGAAAGGUAAUAUCAAUACUUCAUCCCUUUGAACAUUAUCUUCACAUCACAAGUCCCCUAGGGGAGAGAUCUGAUAUCACCCUUCCUUUGUAAAUGUAUUUUAUUAUUUUGAAAGUCUUCAGUAGCUGUGAUAGUCCUUUGAGUUCUUUGUUGCGGGAUCAUCUGCUUUUCUGCCUUGUUCUCUUUAGUAACGAAAGAAUCUUUCAAACAGUAUAAAAUUACUUUCCUGCUUUUUUGUAGUUGAGGGAGAAAUCUGUGACUAACUUGAUGUCUUCAAUGAAAUAAAAGAUGUAGAAUAUAUUGUCAAGAGUUGUUCUGUUGCUGCCAGAAGGAAAACAUAGAAAGAAUAUUCCCAAUUUUUUUGUAAAACAGAAGGGGUUUUGCAUACUUUUUACUCUUUAAAUAAAGACACUUAUACUCUGCUAAUAAUUAUGUAUUUCUUUUGUGGUUUGCAUUUUUUUUGGUAA